AUGAAGUACGUCAUGGGUCACCUGUGGCCGGGUAGAUCGGAGCCGAAGAGUUAUUUCAGCUUGGUGCAGCAAUUCCUUGACGCGGUGCCACGUAUAAAUGCAAUGAAGAGGUCGGGGACCAAGGAGUUCAUGGAGGCCCUCACCGCCGGCGCCGAUGUGUCCAUGAUUGGGCAGUUCGGUGUCGGUUUCUACUCCGCCUACCUCGUCGCUGAGAGGGUUGUCGUCACCACCAAGCACAACGACGACGAGCAAUACAUGUGGGAGUCCCAGGCCGGUGGCUCCUUCACCGUCACUCGUGAUACGUCUGGGGAGCAGCUCGGCAGGGGUACCAAGAUGGUCCUCUACCUCAAGGACGACCAGAUGGAAUACCUUGAGGAGCACCGCAUCAAGGAUCUAGUUAAGAAGCACUCUGAGUUUAUUAGCUACCCCAUCUCCCUGUGGGCUGAGAAGACCACCGAAAAGGAAAUUUCUGAUGAUGAAGAUGAGGAGGAGAAGAAGGAUACUGAGGAGGGCAAGGUUGAGGAUGUUGAUGAGGAGAAGGAAGAGAAGAAAAAGAAGAUCAAGGAAGUCUCUCACGAGUGGAACUUGGUCAAUAAGCAGAAGCCUAUCUGGAAGAGGAAGCCAGAGGAGAUCAACAAGGAAGAGUACGCUGCUUUCUACAAGAGCUUGACCAAUGACUGGGAGGAGCAUUUGGCUGUCAAGCACUUCUCUGUUGAGGAGGACCUUCCCCUGAACAUCUCCCGUGAGACUCUCCAGCAGAACAAGAUCCUCAAGGUGAUCAGGAAGAACCUUGUCAAGAAGUGCAUUGAGCUCUUCUUUGAGAUUGCUGAGAACAAGGAGGACUACAACAAGUUCUACGAGGCCUUCUCCAAGAACCUCAAGCUUGGCAUCCACGAGGACUCCCAGAACAGGACCAAGAUUGCUGAGCUUCUGAGGUACCACUCCACCAAGAGUGGUGAUGAGCUGACGAGCCUCAAGGACUAUGUGACCAGGAUGAAGGAGGGACAGAACGAGAUCUACUACAUCACUGGUGAGAGCAAGAAGGCUGUGGAGAACUCUCCCUUCCUUGAGAAGCUGAAGAAGAAGGGCUAUGAGGUCAUCUACAUGGUUGACGCCAUUGAUGAGUAUGCCAUUGGUCAGCUCAAGGAGUUUGAGGGCAAGAAGCUUGUCUCUGCCACCAAGGAGGGUCUGAAGCUUGAUGAGAGCGAGGAUGAGAAGAAGAAGCAGGAGGAGCUCAAGGAGAAGUUCGAGGGGCUGUGCAACGUCAUCAAGGAGGUGCUGGGCGACAAGGUUGAGAAGAUCAACCCUGAGAACACCAUCAUGGACGAGCUCCGCAAGCGCGCCGACGCCGACAAGAACGACAAGUCUGUCAAGGACCUGGUGAUGCUGCUCUUCGAGACCUCCCUGCUCACCUCCGGCUUCAGCCUGGAGGACCCCAACACCUUCGGCACCAGGAUCUACCGCAUGCUCAAGCUUGGCCUGAGCAUUGAUGAGGACGACGAGGCGCCAGAGAACGACACCGACAUGCCGCCCCUGGAGGACGACGCCGGCGAGAGCAAGAUGGAGGAGGUCGACUAA